UCCACACAUUUUUUGAAUUUGAUUGAAUAUCAUUAAGCCAUUAAUUAGCCAUAAAGUCAAAGGACAUGAAAUACAUUUGUUUUUCUAUUAAUUGAGCUCUUAGAAUAUCGUUCCAAAAUCAAAAGUCAAAAUUUAUUUGAGGUGGAGGGAGUUUUUUUUUUGUCAAAGGGAUGGAGGAUUGGAGGGUGUAUAAUAUGGUGUUAAACUCAUUUUAUUUGACUUGGGUUAGAUUCUGGAACAAGGCUUAAGAAAUCUAUUGAACUCAAUUACUCCAUAUAAUAUAAAACUGUACGAAUGUAUAAUUACCUCUUUAUCCAAACAAACACACUUUAUUUACACUUUCCCAGUUUCUGCGAAGAUUAUGGUUUGAUUGGUUUCUGCACUUGAAUUUUAUUUAUCGCGAAACUUAGGGAGGCGGCUCAACACAAAGAAAUCCUCUCCCAUCGCCGGCCAAUUCCAUACGCUAUUGAGCUUCAUCAGAUUCGAUGGAAAGUUAAGUGCGAUAACCAGAUGAACAUUUAUUUGAAAGUUGUCAUUUGAGCAUUUUGGCCAGCACAAUGGAUACACAAGCAUCUAAUGUAUCAAAUGCACAUCCUCCCACAACUACUAAUGUCCCAAGCUCCAAUGUGAACUCUGCACCAGCACAGGAUGGACCUUCUAAGCUAUCCACUUGGGCUAAAAGUUUAAAUAUCCCUCAACCAUUCACAGGAGCUCAAGAUGAUGAGGAUUCAGGAAGUGCAGCAAAAUCAUCGUUUGCUCGUUUCACUAGUGGGUUUGGAAUGCGUUCAUCUCCAAAGUCACCUACAGAAGACAAUUCUGAAGGAACUUCAACCAAUCUCCAAUCUAGCUUUCUAGGAACAUUUACCAAAGGACUAGUUGACUCUUCCAAGAAUGCAGUAAAGGCUGUGUCUGUCAAGGCUAGACAUGUUGUUUCUCAAAAUAAACGAAGAUACCAGGAAGGUGGGUUUGAUUUAGAUUUGACAUACAUUACUGAGAAUAUAAUUGCCAUGGGAUUCCCGGCUGGCGAUAUGAGCUCCGGAUUUUUUGGGUAUGUUGAGGGAUUCUAUCGAAACCAUAUGGAAGAAGUGAUCAAGUUUUUUGAGACUCAUCAUAAGGACAAAUACAAAGUGUACAAUCUUUGUUCUGAGAGAUUGUAUGAUGUAUCAUUGUUCGAGGGGAAGGUGGCUAGUUUCCCAUUUGAUGACCACAACUGUCCUCCAAUUCAACUCAUAAUGUUGUUUUGUCAAAGUGCAUAUUCAUGGUUGAAGGAAGAUAUUGAAAAUGUUGUGGUUGUUCACUGUAAGGCAGGAAUGGCAAGGACUGGCUUGAUGAUCUCAAGUCUUCUUUUGUAUUUAAAGUUCUUCCCGACAGCUGAGGAAUGUAUUAACUCUUACAACCAGAAAAGGUGCAUUGAUGGGAAAGGCCUUGUCCUGCCAAGUCAGAUUAGGUAUGUCAAGUAUUUUGAACGUAUCUUAAUGUACUUCAAUGGAGAGAACCAGCCUGCACGCAGGUGCAUGCUAAGGGGAUUUCGACUCCAUAAAUGCCCUUAUUGGAUCAGGCCCUCGAUUACAGUCUCUGAUCAUAAUGGUGUGCUUUUUUCAUCAAAGAAACACCCAAGAACUAAGGAUAUGCUGCCUGAAGACUAUUGGUUUAGUGCACCGAGAAAAGGGGUAGUGGUUUUUGCUCUUCCUGGGGAGCCCGGCCUUACAGAGUUAUCUGGGGAUUUUAAAGUUCAUUUUAGUGAUCGGCAGGGAGACUUUUACUGCUGGUUAAACACAACAAUGGUUGAGAACAGGAAAAUCCUCAACACUAGCGAUCUUGAUGGGUUUGACAAGAGAAAACUACCAUCACCUGGUUUCCAAGUGGAAAUUGUGCUCCAGGACUAUGACACUGUUCUUGCAAAGACAUCUCAACGAGAAGCUGAUGUCACUAGUAAAUCAUCUGGUCAAAGCGCCAAUCUUCCCACUGGGCCAGACGGACCCGAUGAGACAAACUCAAACAAACAAUCAGUUGGAAGAAAUGAGAAGGAUGAUGUGUUUUCUGAUAAUGAGGCUGGGGAAACAGGAAAGUCAAAAGAAAAACAAGUCACUGUUGCUGCUUCUGAAUCCUCUUCUGGGAAUAAUAAUAACAGUAAUAAAACGGGAACACCCCAAAUCUCUACUUUAACGCAUAAGACGGAACAAGUAACACUUGGAGAUUCAGGGAUGAAACAUAAUGAGCAGAAGAAGAAUGAUGAUGUGGGACCAAGCCCCUCAGGGCCCGAAGUCUCGAAUACUGGGAUAAGUGAUUUCAAAAUCAUGGCUGCUGAUGCUUCUGUGUUCACAUUUGGAGAUGAAGAUGAUUAUGAAAGUGAGUGAAGCACGUUUAUAAUGGUCAUUUGUAUAAAACAUGCACAUUUCUCUCUUUUACAUUCUUCUGAAGUUAUAAAGAAUAUAUGAAACUCAGAAACUGCAACUGUACUGAUGUUUUUACUUUUCACUUGUAAACUUUGGAGAUUUGUGUUUAGUAGACAUUUCAUUAGAGAAAGUAUAAUGCACCCUGACUAUUAUUUACCUUUUCUUCAUUUGGUUACUGUUUAAUUA